AUGCCUGAACGUAAACCCAAGGUUCUUGUUGUUGGAUCUGGUGGAGUAGGUGCUAUUGGUGCAUUGUGCUUAACCCUUAAUGAUAAAGCAGACGUUACUUUAGUAGUAAGGUCUGAUUAUGCAAAGGUAAAUGAGAGUGGGUACUCUAUCAAGUCCGUUACUUAUGGUGAACAUGAGAAUUGGAAACCACGUCAUAUAGCUAAAUCGGUGGCGGAUGCAUCUGAGAGGUUUGGUGAAUUUGAUUUCAUUUUAUUGACUACCAAGAAUAUUCCUGACGGACCAAUAACUUGUGAAGAUAUCAUUAGGCCUGCUGUUACUCCUAGGACUGCAAUUAUUUUACUUCAAAAUGGGCUUGGUAUAGAGAAGCCGAUGAUUGAGCAGUUCCCACAUAAUGUAAUUCUUAGUGGUGUUACUUUACUUUGUUCCACUAAUAUUAAUUGUGUUGUAUGUAAUCUGCUUAAAGAUCAAAUUUAUCUUGGAGCUUGGAGUAAUCUAAAUAUUAAGAACCAUGCUGAAAAAGAACAAUCUGCAAUUAAUGAAUUUACAAGAAUAUACAGCAACGAGUAUAACAAAGUUUUUAUUGAUGAAAAUGUGGAAAAGACUAGAUGGGAAAAAUUGCUCUAUAAUGCUGCUCUUAAUUCUACUACCACCAUAGUUAACUUGGACGUAAGUAGAUGCCAGAUUGCAGGUGCAAAUAAUGAACUUUUCAGGCCUGCUAUGAGGGAGAUUGUUGCGAUUGCCGCUAGUGAAGGCGUUGAAAUAUCCCCCGAAACAGUUGAGAAAUUCAUUCAUAUUAGUGAUGGCCAAUUUUAUAGUCCUUCAAUGUGCGUUGAUGCAAGAAAGAAACAAUUAUUUGAAUCGGAAAUUAUUUUAGGUAAUCCUAUAAAGAUUGCAGAAGCAAAUGGUGUAGAAACACCUGUAUUAAAGACAUUAUAUACUCUAUUAUCAAUGGUUCAGUUUAGAAUUAAAGAAGAAAAGGGUAUAAUCAAAAUAGAUGAAAACGAAUAUAGAAACACAAACUCAGAUUCUUACCCAGAUAUACUUAAGAAAUAG